CAGCCGCAGCAGGCAGCAGUCCCACGCCCAGCCCUCCCUUGCAGCCACACAGCGACCACAGCCGGACUCCCACUACAGCUGCACUGAACAUGGCCGCCGACAGCACUCCCCCACCUGAUGACGUCGCAAUCUCCCACAUCCGUGUGGCAGCCGCAGCAGGCAGCAACCCCACGCCCAGCCCUCCCUUGCAGCCACACAGCGACCACAGCCGGACUCCUACUACAGCUGCACUGAACAUGGCCGCCGACAGCACUCCCCCACCUGAUGACGUCGCAAUCUCCCACAUCCGGAGCCUCACUGGAGAGGAGAAGAACCGGAGGCUGAUUCAAGCGGCUCAGGAGGGUGCAUCCAGUCAGCUGCGUUCACUGCUGGUGGCGGGGGCGGACGUGGGGGCGAGGGAUGGGGACAUGAUGACCGCCCUACACUGGGCAGCACUUGGGGGAUACGAGGAGGCAGUCGCGUGUCUGCUGCAGGCCGGUGCAGAGGUCGAUGCCAGGAACAACACGCAGGGCACACCUCUGCACUUUGCAGCGUUCUUCGACCACGCACCUGUGGUGCGGCAACUGGCGGCGUUCUGCGCUGACCCGAACGCCAGGAGUAAUCACGGGGUGACCCCACUACAUUUGGUGGCAUUCAAUGGCCACGUAGAGGCGGCGGCGGCACUCCUGGAGGCGGGGGCCGACAGAUGGGCCACGACUAGUGAUGGGGAGACGCCGCUGGACGCCGCCAGGCAGAAUAACCACCGUCAGCUGAUAGACAUGCUAAGGUGGAGCUAGCAGUCCGACAAACACCUCUAGAGCGAAAUAAAAGUGUUUCACUACACGACUUCUCAUUGCUUUUAUAAUAAAGAA